CCGCCAGAUUGCGGCAGCGAUUAGCAUCACGUCGGCUAUUGCUAACGUGAUGUCGACGACCUCGAAAGCGGUGCUGGGACUUUCCGUGCUUGUGACUGUGGGCACCGUGGUCGCCGUCCAUCUCAAGCAGUCCUGGGACACACAGCGUCUCCACGAAGGCGUCCUGAGAGAUUUGGAGCGCGUCGAGCGCAAGAAGGAGAACGUGCGGCGCCUGGAGGAGAACAGGAAGUUAAGCGCUCACCUGCGAGAGGAGCGGCGCUGACGUCGGGGUCAUGGACGGGGGCGGCGUCGAGGAC